UGCGUGGGUACGUUUUCCUUUGGGUAAAACAACAGCACCUUCGGCGGAGACGCACACGUCUGAGCGGGAGGUGGGGCCUCGCUAAUCCUCACAGCCAAUAAGAGCGUCCCUCACAGCGAGAGCGGAGAACUCCCCUUCUGGUCCGCAGGCGGUUCUUCACGGUGCCAUCGCCACGACGACAGAAGCCAGGCGACAUGAAUCUGGAGGCGCCCAAAGCUGAGAUCAAAUCGGCCACCCGGGUGAGCGGGGGCCCCGCCACCCCGCGCAAAGGACCCCCCAAGUUCAAGCAGAGGCAGACGCGCCAGUUCAAGAGCAAGCCCCCCAAGAAGGGCGUGCAGGGGUUCGGCGAUGACAUCCCGGGGAUGGAGGGCUUGGGAACCGACAUCACCGUCAUCUGUCCCUGGGAGGCCUUCAACCACCUGGAGCUGCACGAGCUGGCCCAGUACGGAAUCAUCUGAGCUGGAACUGUGGACUGGAACAAACACACCAAUGGAAAGAAAAAUAAAUGUCACAGCAUCCGCGGGUCUUUAGGAUCCUUGUAUCUGCAACGUCACAUGACCCCGCCGCUCGCCGUGGACGCCUUCAGAACCAUGAUGUUACCAUGUGACCGCUUUAACACCUGUACCGCAUAAAUCUUGUGUCUUCA